AUGAUUAGAAUAACAAGAGGGAUAGCCACGUUCACGAGACUUCUCAGUCAUGAAAACCCAUUGGGCCUUCCCAGAUUUAAUAAAAGUGGUUCCGCCCAACCUCACAAUCCAAGCUCCAAGGGUCUUCCAAUAAAACAACGCAUUCCCAAUGUUAAAGACAUUGUCCUAGUAUCAUCUGCCAAGGGAGGAGUCGGGAAGUCUACAGUUUCAGUCAAUACCGCAUUGGCUCUUCAAAAACUUGGAAAGAGAGUGGGGUUGUUGGACGCUGAUAUAUUUGGCCCGUCUGUUCCUAGGUUAAUGAACUUGCUGGGAGAGCCAAGGCUAUCGCAAACUUCAGGUAAAUUGUUACCAUUGUCAAAUUACGGCAUUCAAACUAUGUCGAUGGGAUAUCUAAUCAAGGAUGAGCAAGCUGUAGUAUGGCGGGGUUUGAUGGUUAUGAAGGCCAUUCAACAAUUGCUAUUUGACGUUGAGUGGGCAAGUAUAGAUUAUUUGAUAAUCGAUAUGCCACCAGGUACAGGUGACACCCAACUAUCUAUUAGUCAGUUGCUUGACAUAUCUGGUGCCUUAAUUGUGACAACGCCGCAAGACAUUGCAUUGAUUGAUGCUGUAAAAGGUAUCUCCAUGUUUAAUAAGGUGAACAUACCAUUAAUUGGAAUCGUACAAAACAUGAGCCACUAUAUAUGCCCAAAUUGCAAUCACGAGUCUCAUAUAUUUAAGAGUAAUGGUGCAGAGAGAGUUGCGAUGGAGCAUGGCAUCAAAGUUGUUGCUAAUGUUCCUCUUGACGAAAAAAUUUGCCUUCAAUCAGAUCUUGGUAAACCUAUCGUUGUUGCAGAUCCGGAUUCCAAAAUUUCAAAAGAUUAUUUUGAUAUUGCAAGAUCAGUCAUUGAUUUUGAAGAAAUCGAAACGCAACACAAUGCAGAGCAGCAGUUUCAACAUCAUAUCAAUUUCUUGAAGGAGGUCUUACCUCGACGCAAAACACUUGAAUUAAAUAAUGCCAACUCGUUGGUUAGCAUUCUGCACGAAGGCGUCCCGAUAAACUUUGACAGAGUUUUGUUGGAAAAUAAAUUGCCUCCAAUCGCUAAUGCAGACCAACAUAACUUCAACAUGACAAGUGAUAUCAGUCCAAAUGGCCCUGCCUCCUUAGAUCCAUCUGCCACAGGGUCAUUAAUAUAUAUAUCACCUUUGUCGCUAUUAGUUGCCGAGACUUUGCAUUCUAUGACGACAAGUCAAGAACAGCACUUCGAAAUUCCAACUGCACUUGCAUCUGAUAAUAGUUAUAAUUCAAACCAAGAGGGCACACAGACACGAAAAUUUGACCCACUCGCAGAAAUAAGGAGACUAGAGCUGUUAUUGAUCGAUUUGAAAGAGCACACGAGUCGCCAAGAGUUGGCUUUUCGAAAGCAAAUGGAGAGAAUCGUCCAAGACCAAAGAAAUGAAAGCGCUCUAAGAACAUUGGUGACACCUGUAACUACCAAAUCAAAACAGCAACUGCCUGUUGUUUCUAGCUCAGCAGAUAAUGAAAACCCCAGUGAUACAUAUUGGGAAACGUCUACAACAAAGGUCAACGGCAGACAAAUUAUGACAAAGAAAACUCCUUCAAAUUCGGUUAUAAUAAUGCCCCAGUUCCAACACCACACAAAGCAAAGAGUACAGCCAGGUUCCAAUUAUCACAAACCCAAGAUUGCCUGGAGUGAAGUGCCUACCGUAAGUACCACUGAUUUGCCCCACGUUGAGGCGCCCGAAAUAUUAGGGGUUAUAAGAGAAGGAGAGUAUACGAUUCUUUUCGACAAUGAGAACCAAAUUGGGUACAUUGAUUCCAACGCUAUUCAAUUUGCAGAGGUUACUGAUGCAAAUGCGAUACCAUCAACUACGCAGUAUGAAGAGUAUUUUGCCAGACAGACGCUGCUCCAAGAUUAUGAUAAUGAGGAUUCCAGUAUAGAAGACAUAUCCAGUGAUACAGAUUUUGACAAUUGGUCGGAGGUGAAUCAUGCUGAUAAUAGUGCCAUGUCGAGAAGUCCAAGUUAUGACCAAGAUUUGAUACAUCUACCGCUCCGACAUGCAGCCUCUUCAGCCAUGGCAAAUCAAAUUGAAAGUUACACUGCGGCGGCGUGGGAUCUGGCUACAAGAAACCGCAGACCAAAUACCCACAUUACAAAGAGUUUCAACUUUGAUCCUCAUUCGUUACAUAUUAUUGAUGGUUUUGCUUUAAAAGUUGCAAUACGAAACAAACCGUCAGAAACGCCACAAAACUCUUCGCAGAGGAAUAGAUCAUACAAAAAAUAUAAACAGAAAUUUGAUUCCUACAAUUUAGUGGCUCAUCGAGAAGUAUCUUCUUUGUUCACAUUACCAAACAUCAUCACAUUACGGAUCUAUUCUGAAAUGUCUGCUGCAGCUGGUACUUUAAAAACGUCAUCGCCUAAAUCUACUAAGCCUCAAAACGUCGCUUCAUUUAGCAUGUUAGAUUUUGACGAAACAAAGAAUUCAUAUAUCGAAGAAGAGGACAGAACAUAUGUGUACAACACUACAACUGAAGACGUUACGUCUGACGACAACGAUGAAGAUGACGAUGACGAUGACGAUGAUGAUGAAGAGGAGGGUGAAAAUCAAGGCUUGUCACGUAAGAGUUCUGACACUGAUUUAGAUGUAGCUGAUUCGGGCGUUACGGAAAAAAUACACGCAAGCAAAGACAACAAGAUUGAGCCAUCAACUGAGCCACCCAUUCAGGGAAAAUUCAAGCAAUUUUUAGUGAAGCAUGAGAUUCCUAGAAAAGUGUUUCACUCAUCUAUUGGCGUUUUGACAUUGUGGUUGUACACCAAGGGAACUACAACUCCACAAUUAUUUGCUCCGCUAUUCACAUGCUUUGCGGGUGUUCUAAUCAACGACUUGGUCAGACUUCACAACCCGGAAAUCAACAAGGUCGUGACCUCACAAAUGUGGUUUAUUAUUCGUGAAAGCGAAAAGAACUCAUACAAUGGAACAUUAUUUUACUUGGCUGGUGUAUUGAUCGUGUUGUAUUUAUACCCAAAAGACAUCAGUGUAUUAAGCAUCCUAUUAUUGAGCUGGGCCGAUACUGCGGCUUCCACAAUUGGCCGCAAAUAUGGAAAAUAUACACCUAAACUCGGACCAAGAAAGUCUUUAGCCGGAUCAUUGGGUAGUUUUGCCGUUGGGACGUUUGCAGCUUACUUGUUGUAUGGGUACUUUAUUCCUGGCUACAAUGUCAACAAGCCCGGUGAUAUCUACUGGACAGCGAAGCUGAGUAAGUUAAACGUUCACAUUUAUUCAAUUCUUGUUGGUGUCAUUGCUAGUAUCUCAGAGCUCAUCGAUCUCUGGGGCUUAGAUGAUAACUUCACAAUUCCUGUAUUGAGCGGGACAUUAAUUUACUGGUUAGUGCGUUUGUUUCGCGUUUAG